CAAAGCAAAGAAAGCAAGAAAAGUGAUGUCAAAAUGUGUUAGCUUAGAUGAGGCGUCAUAUUUUUUUAUUUGUCUUGGUUUUUCUUGUCUCUGACCAUACACUACUCAAGUUUGGCAGGAUUGCAACAGCAUGCUAUAGUUAGCAGGAGGGAGGGAUUGGCUCCGACUACAGCAUUCACCAGUGUCCUGAGUUCCAGCCAGUCCUCACUGAGCAGCCAGUUUGCACUCAUUCAGGAUUGCAGGAAAUUUACCACACUCGCUUUUCUGAUGAAAUGUCUGGAUGAAAAAAGAAUAGUCAGCAGCCACCAUAACAGAUGAAGUCCCCUCUGGAGGAGUUCAUCUAUGGAAAGACAAGGAAAGUAAGGCCUGAGAAAUGAAGCAGAAUCAUGAAACAGAAUGCAGGUGCAGAAUUAUGAAAGGGCCUUUAUCUUUUCAAAUCUUCUUGUCUUGGGGGCUUUUGUCUCAGUGGAUUCUGUAUACAUAUGCCACCAACAAAUGCACUGUGAUGCAAGAAGUGGCUGACUGCAGUCAUCUGAAGUUAACACACAUACCUGAUGACCUGCCUACGAACAUAAAGGUGUUGAAUCUUACCCACAACCAACUAAAAGGAUUACCACCUGCCAAUUUUACAAGAUAUAGCCAACUUAUUGUCUUGGAUGGAGGCUUUAACUCUGUCUCAAAACUAGAGCCAGAAUUGUGCCAAACCCUACCUUUGUUGAAAGUUUUGAACCUCCAACACAAUGAGCUGUAUCAGCUUUCUGACAAGACCUUCAUGUUCUGCAUGAAUCUGACAGAACUCCACCUGAUGUCUAACUUAAUACACACAAUUCACAACAAUCCCUUUAAAAGCCUGAAGAAUUUAAUCAAAUUAGACCUAUCUCAUAAUGGUUUAACAUCUACAAAGUUGGGAACUCAACUCCAAUUGGAAAAUCUCCAAGAGCUUCUGUUAUCAAAUAAUAAAAUCCAGGCACUAAAAAGUGAUGAACUUGAUUUCCUUGGCAAAUCAUCUUUACAAAAAUUGGACUUAUCGUCAAAUCAAAUUAAAGAGUUUUCUCCAGGUUGUUUUCAUGCAAUUGGAAAAAUAUUUGGCCUCCUUUUGAACAAUGUCCAACUCAACUUCCACCUCACAGAGAAGCUUUGCUGGGAACUAUCAGAUACCAGUAUCCAGAAUCUGUCUCUCAGUAACAACCAGCUGAAUGGAACCAGCAAUAUGACUUUCUUUGGCCUGAAGCACACAAAUCUCACCAUGCUUAACCUUUCCCACAAUAGUCUAAAUGGCAUUGGCAAUGAUUCCUUCUCUUGGCUUCUACAUCUGAAAUACUUGUCCCUGGAGUAUAAUAACAUAAAGCACUUAUCUGCUCGCUCUUUCUAUGGGCUUGCCAAUCUGAGACACCUGCAUUUGAAAAGAUCUUUUACUAAACAAAAUGUUUUUAAGAUUGAUGACUUCUCCUUUCAGUGGCUAACACGUUUGGAGUAUCUCAACAUGAAUGAUAACUAUAUUCCAGGAAUAAAAAGAAAUAUGUUCACUGGAUUGGUAAAUCUGAAGUACUUAAGUCUUUCCAAUGCUUUGAUGAAUUUGAGAACUUUAACAAAUGAAACAUUUUCAUCACUGUCUCAUUCACCUUUGCUCACACUCAACUUAACCAAAAAUCAAAUCUCAAAAGUACAGAGUGAUGCCUUCUCUUGGUUGAGCCAGCUCAAGGUACUUGAUCUAGGUCUUAAUGAAAUCCAACAAGAACUCACAGGUCAAGAAUGGAGAGGUCUAGGAAAUAUUUUUGAAAUCUACCUUUCCUAUAAUAAAUGCUUGCGACUAAGUAGCAAUUCCUUUGCUCUUGUUCCGAGCCUUCAACGACUGAUGCUCCGCAGAGUGUCCCUUAAAAAUGUGGAUGUCUCCCCCUCACCUUUCCACCCUCUUCAUAACUUAACCAUUCUGGAUCUAAGCAACAACAACAUAGCCAACAUAAAUGAUGGAUUGUUGGAAGGUUUGCAGAAACUAGAAAUUUUGGAUUUUCAACAUAAUAACUUAGCAAGACUCUGGAAACAUGCAAAUCCUGGUGGUCCUGUUAAUUUCCUAAAGGGACUGGCUCACCUCCACAUCCUUAAUUUAGAGUCCAAUGGCUUUGAUGAAAUCCCAGUUGAUAUAUUCAAGAAUUUAUUUGAACUGAAGGACAUCAACUUAGGACUGAAUAACUUCAACAUUCUUCCCUCAUCUCUCUUUGAUGACCAGCUGUCUCUAAGGUCAUUGAGCCUUCAGAAGAAUCUUAUAACAUCUGUGGAGAAGGAUGUUUUUGGACCAGCUUUUAAUAACCUGAAUAAUUUGGACAUGAGUUUUAAUCCAUUUGAUUGCACAUGUGAAAGUAUUGCUUGGUUUGUGAAUUGGAUUAAUCAUGAACAUACCAACAUCUCUGAGCUAUCGACUCAUUACAUCUGCAACACCCCACCUCAUUAUCACCGGUUACCAGUGAUGCUGUUUGACACUUCAUCCUGCAAAGACAGUGCCCCCUUCAAACUCCUCUUCAUAAUCAGUACCAGUAUGCUUCUGCUUUUUAUACUUAUGGUUCUGCUCAUCCACUUUGAGGGUUGGAGGAUAUCUUUUUAUUGGAAUGCUUUAGUACAUCGAAUUCUUGGUUUCAAGGAAAUAGAAGGAUCACCAGAGCACUUUGAGUAUACAGCAUACAUAGUUCAUGCCCAUAAAGACAGAGAUUGGGUGUGGGAACAUUUCUCCACUGUGGAAGAAAAAGAUCCAUCUCUCAAAUUUUGUCUUGAAGAAAGGGACUUUGAAGCAGGUGUCCUUGGACUUGAAGCAAUUGUCAAUAGCAUAAAAAGAAGCAGAAAAAUUAUUUUUGUUAUAACAAGGCACCUAUUAAAAGAUCCACUAUGUAAAAGAUUCAAGGUAUACCAUGCCAUUCAGCAAGCUAUUGAACAAAAUCUGGAUUCUAUUAUAUUGAUUUUUCUUGAGGAUAUUCCAGAUUAUAAAUUAAACCAUGCACUCUGCUUACGAAGAGGAAUGUUUAAAUCUCACUGCAUCUUGAACUGGCCAGUUCAGAAAGAACGGAUAAAUGCCAUCUAUCAUAAAUUGCAAGUAGCACUUGGAUCCCGGAAUGCAGCCCAUUAACAUCAUUUAGCAGUUAGGUUAGCAAGGAAUCCCUCUGCAAUUUAGAAAGCCCGUGGUAUAUUUAAGUUUCACUUGAAAGUUACAAUCUGACUGUUCAUGUUUAUAGAUGAUGUUCUGUCUCAACUGUGCCUCUUUUCUGGAAAUGCACUUGUCUAUUUCAGGCCUUUUAUUAAUAACUGAUUCA